GUGAUUGAAAGAUACAGGAGUGCUGUCACUUUAUCUUCUCUACAUCGUGGCACGGACUAAGAUAUAUGUAUAUCUACUUAGAUUAAGUUAGUCCGUGCUUUUUAGUUUGCGUUAACUCCUUCUUGGAUUGUUGUCUCUUUUCGAGUGUUAUUACUUCUCUUUAGAAAUCAAUAUUCAAUAAUCAUUACUUUUGCAGUUUGCACGGCGUGUCGGCGAAUUCACUAUUCUUUACUCGUUCGUUUGUGAUUUUUCGUAUUAAUAAUGGAUUUCGUUAAAGUUGUUAAAAACAAACAAUACUGUAAACGUUAUCGAGUCAAAUUCAACAGGCGUCGUGAAGGUAAAACUGACUAUAAUGCACGCAAACAUUUGAUCUUCCAAAACAAGAACAAAAAGCGGUUCCCUGGCUACUAUCUCAUUAAGCGCAUAUUGGGUUUGCGCAUCGCUAAACACAUACAGAAAUUAAUAAAAGAAAAGCCCUACAAUUGGCAUUUAUCUCAUUUCGUUAAAUUGGCAAGGUAUAAAAGUCUACAAAUUUUAACAAAAGAAGCCUAUUUUCGAAGAUUGACGCUUCAAAUUCAAAAGAAAAUCAAGAUAUUAUUAGCUAAUGCUGAAUGCGAACUACGUGUUUUGGAAUCCAAAGCUGCGUAUUUUAAAGAGUUACAAGGCGAAGAGAUGGAAUCCUAA